AAUGUCUGUUAUCAUUAAACAACGAAUUUUCCCUGAGAUAAUUUGUAUAAUUCUAUAAUCUCGUUUAUUGUUCAAGUUGAAGAUUCUAAAAAAUACAUAUCGAUUCAAUCAAUCGCUUGCACAAUCCAAGCCAAUGUUAUAAUAUUGCUGAUACAUCGACAGCUUAAAUACAAAUAACAAAACUUUAACACUAUUUAACGUUUGUCACGUAUUUAACGUGAUUCAUAUUUAACUAAAUUUUUAAUUUGAAAACUUUGUAAGAGACUGUAUUUUUUUUACAACUUAAGUGAUUGACAUUAGUAAACUCGAGCUGUCAGAACAAUUUAAGAGUCAUGCGAUACGAGGAAUCAAUUGUCGCGCUUUCCGCACACUUUGUCAUUUAAUGUCAUUGAUUAUUCGCGGCUGCGCAGAUACGCGAAAAUCUCUCUCGUCGUGUGCGUGACAGGAACGGUUUGCGCUAUGCCGGACGUCGUUCCUUCUUGUAGCGCGACCGACAGUCCGUUCAUAUUUUCAUCAAAUUUUGAACCGAUGUUCCAAGAGUUUCCCAUUACAUCGGUGCACUUAAAUAUUUCCGGAGAGCAGAAAUGUGUAUUCCGAUCGACCAAUAUGAUUAAUAGUGACGCUUUUAUAGGUUGUGACUUGUAACUUGUCAUCAUGUUCUUCGCGAAUAUUUGAUCAAAAUGUACAUACACAAGAAAAACAAACAACAUUGUAUAUAAAUUUAUUGACAUGCAAAAAAAUCCUAUUUUACAACACCAAUUAGAGAGAUGAUAAUUCUGUUUAUAUCACAAAAAAAAUGACUGAUCAAGAAAAUAUUUUGUCAACAUCUUUAUCAUCAAAUGCAAGUUACUUUACGGAAAUGGCAGAUGAACCUACAGAUAAUCUGUAUCUUGCACUGAUACAAUGUUUUGGUAUUAUACUAUGCGGAUACGUAGCAGGGAGAUUUGAGAUGAUAACAAGAUCCGAGGCAAGUGGUAUUAACACAUUUGUUGGUACUUUUGCCUUACCCUCUUUGAUCUUUAUGUCGUUGGCAAAGCUUGACUUUACACUGGUCAACUGGAAAUUUUUGCUCGCCGUGUUAUUUGCCAAGAGCUGUAUCUUCAUUACGGUUCUUCUAGUUUCGAUAGUGAUUAAAAAACCAUCAAAUCCCGGACGAGCUGCGCUCUUCGCAAUAUUCACCACUCAAAGCAAUGAUUUCGCUAUUGGAUACCCAAUGAUCGAUGCCUUGUAUGGGAAAACGCAUCCGGAGUACUCAGCGUAUCUCUAUCUGAUGGCACCUAUAUCGUUAGCUAUUUUAAAUCCGAUUGGCUUCGUGCUUCUGGAAGUAGGCAAGCGACGCGCGGAGGAGCACAUGAACUGCAGAGACAUGGUUUGCUCCGUAAUGAAAGGCGUUCUGCUGAAUCCGGUGCUGUUCAUGACGGUUCUGGGUAUUGUAGGAAAUUUCAUCUUCAGUCACAAUGUGCCGCGUUUGCUCGCCUCGAUUCUCGAUGUUCUCGGUAACGCGUUCUCGGCUAGCGCACUGUUUCUCCUCGGUUUGAUGAUGGUGGGAAAAGUGCACAAACUGAAGGGCACAGCACUAGUCAUACCAACUAUAUUGAUCUCGGUGAAGUUGCUGGUUCUACCUCUAGUCAUAAGGGAAUCCAUCAUUCUCUUGAACGCCGGAGGUAAUGUCACAGAAACCACGGAUUUGAGCACGUACGGCUUUCUGUACGGCACCAUUCCGACCGCACCGGCUCUAUUUAUUUUCACUCUGCGAUAUAAUCUCGACAUCGACUUGAUCGCGUCAGCGAUGGUAGCUUGUACGUUCCUUUCCGCUCCGCUCAUGUUCGUCUCGGCCAAAGUGAUCAGCGCGGUUCGCGCAGGUAUUACACCGGUUAAUUAUGCACGACAAUUGAAUAUCUUUUCUUUCGACAUGAGCGUUGCGUCAGCGGCAGCUUGUAUUUGGCUGCUACUAUGUUUUCUCGGUUUUGGACGAAAAAGAUACAGACAGGUCACUCAUCGAUGCACUCUGUGCCUCAUAAUAGCACAGCUCUUGACCGCAAUUGGCGUGAUAAUGUGGUCAAAAUGUAAUCCGACUCUUAAUCAGGAAACAGUAUUGUGGUAUGUUCAGUUUAUCAUGAUUACUACUGGCGUAUAUGCGAGCCGAGUAUGGACAGCCGCUAUUGCAGCAACGUUAUUGUUUCUGAGUUCGCGCUCGUUGUCAUUCGUUGAAAGGCUACAAAAAUGGUUUUAUCUUAUCGGAUGGGGAGUGCCGUCUCUAAUGGUGAUAUUAAUGUGUACUACCAAGACGUCGAAACCGUCUGAUUUCAAGAAUCCAAAUUUCCAAUUAGGCAGGCUUCAAGCUGCUAUAUCUUCGUUCAUAUUAAUAUUUUGUUUCAUAGUGACAUUGGGUUGCUUGGUUUUGCAACAGAGAUAUCAAAGAAGGCACAUGUCGGAUGAGCAUCGCGAGGAUAGCGUAGAGAAUUCUAUGAAUGAAAGUAAUGAAAGGAACGAAAGUAAUGAAAGGAACGAAAGUAAUGAAAGGAAUGAAAAUAAUGAAAGAAAUGUGAUAGAUGUGGAAGAUUUAGUGUCUCCAUUAAUUAAUGGGCCUAUGAUUGGCUGUGAAUUUCCAAGUGGCUGUUCGAACGGUAUAUGCAGAGCUACUGGGGAGAGAAAUAACUGUGAUGAAGAAAAUGAGACAAGUGACGUAAACAAUGAUCCUCAGAUCUUGCGACAUCUUGUAUUCCUUAUUUUGUUGUCAUGUUCCAUGCUGAUUGGAUUAUCAAUAUCCGUGGGAAUGUUAAUAAUGGAAGAAUUAACUGGCAUUUACGCCGAACUCGCUUUCCUAGACGUAUCUUUGAAUUUUGGACAAUCGCUAAUAGCAUUCGCAAUAUUUGGCUUGGACCCUAGUUUGGGUAAAUUGGGAUGUUGGCUGCGACAUUUGUGUAGAAAAUGGCGUUCUGGAAAAGAAAUACAGCUUCCUUGCGAAGACGCGCUCAGUCCGGAAGUAAGAGCGAUUCGGGAACAGUUUAACCAAUGUUAUUUAGACGCAUGUCGGGCACGUAUAUCUGUGUGCCGCAGGCGAUUGCUGAAGAUGUACAACCAAGUAUUCUCGGGAACAGAUUUGGUCAACUGGCUGCUUCAAGUAGGUGUUGUCGACAGUCGGGAGGAAGCUGUGCGAUAUGGUCGUUGCUUGCUGGAGAGCAGAGUUCUGCAACACGUCGACGGUACGCAUCACUUCUAUGACCAAAAUCUACUAUAUACAUUUAACGCAUAGUAAAAUUUUUCAAAUGUUUUUUUGAAAUUAUUAUUCGAAUGUAUACAUAUAUAUGUGUAUUUUUCUUUCUCUU